GUGGGGCAAUUGUAGUCUUUCAUCGGUGUGUGCUAUGUUUAAACUAUCAAGACAAACUGAGUUCUCCAGUCCACUCCAGUGAGAUGAUGACAGAGGGUAACAGCGCAGCGGCAGCUCACUUCCCUGACCCAUGUUCACACUUGGAAGGAACCCCCACCCACCACAACACGUGUCUAGUGCCAGCUCUACACGCCGCAACACUUCAAUCCCCCAUGCAUGCUGGUGCAGCUUUGCUCCUCCUCCAGAACAGUUCCAGCCAGCGGGGGUGUCCCUCUUUCAAAUUUUGAAAUAUUGGGAGGUAAACUAGAUAAGAUGCCUCCAGUACCACCUCCUAACUUCUCCUGGGUAGAGCCUGGGCUGUUAGCUGGCAUGGCCAUGCCACGUCUCCCUGCCCACUAUGAAUACCUAUAUGAAAAUGGCAUCCAACACCUCAUAACUCUGACCGAACACAAGCCACCAUACUACGACACAUGCCCUGGACUUAAUCUCCAUCGCAUCCGCAUCCAGGAUUUCUGCCCUCCCAGCACAGAACAAAUUCAGAACUUUCUCAAAAUUGUGGAUGAUGCAAAAGCUAAAGGAGAGGGAGUUGGAGUACACUGCUUACAUGGAUUUGGUAGGACUGGCACAAUGCUGGCAUGCUAUCUGGUAAAGGCCAAGAAGAUCACUGGUGUUGAUGCCAUAAAUGAGAUCAGAGCUCUCCGUCGUGGAUCUAUAGAGACAAGCGAGCAGGAAAAAUCAGUGAUCCAGUUUCACCACCAUAUUAAGUGAAAAGAAAAGGAAUGAGAAGAGUUUCCCUUGUUUUAAGAGAGAUACAACUUAGCACAUCGUUUGAUCAUCAUUAAUUUUUUAUCUUAAAUUAUGAUUUUUGUUUUAUUUUUGUGCAUCUAUAAAUAAUAUAUUGGAUUUGUAUUGCUUAA